GCAGGAUUUACUGAGGUGAUUUCGGACAAAUAGAAAGUAAAAGUUACUCAAAGUUUCCAGCAAAGUGACUUUUUCUGUUCGAGGAGGAUGGCAUCUAAAAGCUCUCUACCUGAAGAGGAUUUCACCUGUCCUGUUUGCUUUGACAUUUUCAAGGAUCCCGUCCUUCUUUUGUGCAGUCACAGCUUCUGCAAAGACUGCCUUCAGAAGUUCUGGAGAGAGAAGAUAUCUAAAGAGUGUCCAGUUUGUAGAAGACAAUCUUCAUUGGACAAUCCGCCACUGAAUUUGUCUUUGAGGAACUUAUGUGUGUCUUUCCUGAAGGAGAAGAGUCAGAGGGCUUCAGGAGGGUCUGAAGUGCUCUGCAGUCUGCACGGGGAGAGACUCAAGCUGUUCUGUCUGGAGGAUAAACAGCCCAUAUGUCUGGUGUGUCAGGCUUCCAGGAAACACUCAGGACACCAGUUCCUUCCCAUAGAUGAAGCUGCACUAGAUUAUAAAGAACAACUAAAGGCCAUACUGGAGUCCUUGCAAGAUAAACUGGAAGAAUUUGAAGAAGUUAAACAGACAUGUGACCAAACAGCCAGUCACAUUAAGGUCCAGGCCCAUCAGUCAGAGAUGCAGGUCAAGGAGGAGUUUGAGAAGCUUCAUCAGUUUCUGAAAGAUGAAGAGGAGGCCAGAAUAAGAGCACUGAAGGAGGAAGAGGAGCAGAAGAGUUUGAUUAUGAAAGAGAAGACUGAAGAAAUGAGCAAGGAGAUGUCCACUCUUUCAGAUACAAUAACAGCCAUUGAGAAGCAGAUGGUUGCUGAAGACAUAAUCUUCUUACAGAACUUCAAGGCUACCAUAGAAAGUUCUACGUGCACACUGCAAAAUCCACAGACAGUUUUGGGAGCUCUGAUUGAUGUGGCAAAGCACCUGGGCAACCUGAGGUUCAGAGUCUGGGAGAAGAUGAAGGACAUAGUUCAGUUCACUCCUGUAGUGUUGGACCCAAACACUGCACACUCAUCACUACUCAUUCAUGAGGAUCUGACCAGCUUUAAAUGGACAUUUCCUGCACAGACACUCCCUGAUAAUCCAGAAAGAUUUGAUACCAGUGGCUGUGUCCUGGGCUCUGAGGGCUUCAACUCAGGGUCACACUACUGGGAUGUUGAAGUUGGAGACGGUACAUUCUGGUGACCACAGAGUCCAACCAGGGGAAGACGAGCACCUUCUCAUGGGAGAAAGCGUGGCGUGUGGAGUAUGGAGUGCGGUGGAAUGAUACAGGACCUGUGCAUGAAUUGAAACAGAACCUCCACACACUCAGAGUGCAUCUGGAUUUGGAUAAAGGACAGCUGUCAUUCUCUGAUCCUCUACAAAAUACACAAUUACACACUUUCAAACACACAUUCACUGAGAAAGUCCUUCCCUUCUUCUACAGCCCCUUUUCACCACUAACUCCAAAAUCUAAAGUGUUCCAUUGAGUAAAAGAAACAAUACAUGAACACAUUUCACUGGUCUAUAUUUAAAUCUAUGACUUUACAAUAUAAAAUAUGUAUAAUCUGUGGUAGUUUCAUAUCAAAUCAAAUCAAAUCAAACUUUAUUUGU